AUGAUUGCUUGGGUAUCGUUGCUCGUCACAGGCUCUCCUCAAUAUGCAAUACAGGACGACCUUGGAAUUGGAGAUGGAGUUGGUCCAACACUACAAUGGCUUCUCGCAUCAUCCUUCCUUGAGAUCCCAGACCCCGUUGUUGAAGAUCUCCUCCUCGAUCGCGAGAUAGCAAAUAUUCUAACUCGCUUGCGCGGCAUAUUUCACCAACCCAACGCCUUGAGUUCAAUAGGCACCGAACUUCACGAUCUUACAUGUUUCGUGGUUCACAAGCUUUUGCUCAUUCCACCACUCACGAACUCGCCUCAAUCGGAGUGUCUACGAUGCGCCAUAACACUCUACAUGCUCAUCAUACAUGGCACAACUUAUUAUACGCAUACGGAGCUGGCCAACAGGAUCAUUCAGCGUCUCAAGAGCCAGCUCCAGCCUCUAGCAGGCAAGACAGGCAGCGUCUUCUUCGGUUCCCUGCAGAUCUGGGUGCUCUCAGUCACAAUUGUCUCGGCUACGGAUCCAACAGAUAUACAAUGGCUCAUAUACGCCGCCAAAAUUGCAGCAAAUGCUAUGGGUUUGCAAUCUUGGGAUGAUGUUGCUGUCCAUUUACGGAAUAUUCUGUGGCUAGAGACGGAGCGCGCAGAAGUGUUCCGGCAACAGUGGGAAGCAAUUCUGACAUGA